UUUGUACUUUGCCUCAAACUUGGCCCAUGAAUGAACAACACACAAUACACCUGGCUGUUAAUGCAAAAGGAUGUGGCCACAGCACAUUAAGUUUGAAUUAGUCUGUGUAAUGCUGAGUCAUGCUGAUCAGGAAAAUCCUUGCAUUAUUCAUUACUAGGGCUUGGGCACCUUUCAGCAUCAGAUAUAAGUGCCCAAGCUUCACGUACAGACAUAGAAUAUUGUCUGUUUCCAGGAUAUUCAACCAAACACAUCCUCAUACUUUUCGCUGUACACCUGAGAUCAGGGGACACCAAUCACAGGUGAAACAAUCCAUUGGCAACAGAGCCCCACACCAUCAGGAUGGCAUGGUAGCAUUGUGGUUACCACAGCACUUUACAGUACCAGCGACCCGGGUUCAAUUCCUGCAAGGAGUUUCCACACUCUCCCUGAGACCACACAACCUGCGCUGCCAAUUUCUAAGAAUCAGACAACAUCCCUCAGCUAUGUCCAGCGUUCAAGUCUAUCCCAGGCGUGACAAAUAUAGAGUGCAUCUACCGUCCUUCACCUCCUUUCCAAAUGAGAGAAAACCUCUAACAGGAGCCAACAUGAGCCUGAAGAAACUGAAGUUGUUCAAGUUUAAGGGCUUCGGCAGCUUAACAAGCAUCCCGCGAUCUCUGUCGAUCCGACGAUUCUCAAGCGGUUCUGUAGGCAAGAAGAAAGAUCUGGGAGAGUUCUCUCUGGAUCACCAGCUUGAUAAUGAGGCAGUGCAGGAAACAUUGGAUGAUUUGGAAACCCUGCCCAGGAGCCCUAGCUAUGCCCGAUCAAAUGAAAUGUAUACCUACGUUGGCACAAUGCCACGCCGGAACUCUAAUAGAGUGGAGAAACCAAACAAAAAGCCAAGUGCUGCUGAGGGGCAGACUGGAGGAAGGAGUCGAUUUGGGCCUUUGCCACCAGUGCCUGACAGUGACCAAAAUGAGCCGUCGGAUAAGGAAAAAUCACUGGCUGAGGUGGCACGGCCAGACACAGAGGUUGGUGUGGCUGAGGCAUGUCAGAGCUCGAGCCAGUUACAGCCAGCACUCUUUGACUCUAAAUCACCAUCAUCAGACACAACGACUUCCUCAACCCAGUCAUCUCCUCAUCAAAACGAGAAUGAUCAGAAGAGUCACGUUGAAUCCCAACUUAAAGAUAUACCGGGAAAAUCAAAUGAACUUGAAAAUGGAGUACUUCAGGACAAAGCACUUCCUGCUGGACAAGUUGAACUUACAGGAUCAGAGGUCAUAGAUGAGAAGAGUGAGCUGAAAGAUGACAGUAACCUGCAGAACAUGGAUUCCAAGUCAGAAUAUGUCAAGUUUUCAAAGGACAAAUAUAUCCUGGAUUCCAGCCCUGAGAAGUUGCACAAGGAGUUGGAGGAGGAGCUGAAACUGAGCAGCACAGACCUACGGAGUCACGCCUGGUACCAUGGGCGUAUCCCACGUGAGGUUUCUGAGAAUCUAAUGCAGAAAAAUGGUGAUUUUCUCAUCCGUGAUUCCCUCACGUCUGUCGGUGAUUACGUGCUGACCUGCCAGUGGAGAAACGAACCUCUCCACUUUAAGAUUAACAAGGUGAUGAUCAAACCCAAUGAGGCCUUCACCCGCAUCCAGUAUCUGUUCGAGAGGGAGAGCUUCGACAACAUCCCCGCCCUGGUCCGGUUUUAUAUUGGGAACCGUAAGCCUGUUUCUGAGCAGAGUGGAGCCAUCAUCUACUGUCCAAUCAACCGCACCCUUCCCCUCCGGUACCUGGAGGCCAGCUAUGGGUUGUCCACUGGGAAGCAUGGGCUAGCUCAUCCUUCAGCCAAUCAGAAGGGUGGAUACAUUAAGAGGCGGAGUGUAACCAUGACCGAUGGUCUGACAUCUGAUAAGAUCAUCCGAAGUGAUAGUUGUGGCAACAGCAUUCCGUCAACACAUCACAAGGAACCAAUCCGCAAUUUUGCUCUGAGCAUGGAUCAAAUCAAGGACAUUCGGCACGGGAUGUCUCCAGUGAGCGAGAUUCCUCUCUCUCCAGAAUACAGCACAAGUUUGAAGCACAAAAGCCAUCUCGGUCGGGUAGCAAGGAUGACGCCAUCAUCACCAGUACUUCGGCGGUCCAGUGAGCCACAGCUUAGCCCACCGAUUGGUAACAGACUGUGUCAGGAGCCUAACAAAGAAAAGCCCAAGGAGGCUUCAAGCGGACCUCAUUGUAACAGCACACAUUCCACCCCGUCAAAUAGCUCUGUGCAGUCAGACCAGAGAGUGGCUUCAGAGAACUGUAGAGAAUCAGAACACAGCCACUACUGUGAACUGCGGCCCUCAUCGCCGCUUGACUGGGAGAGGCAGCAGUUGGAACUCGCCCUCAAGCAGAGUCAGCUGAUGGCAAAGAGCUAUGUGGAAAGGUUGAAAGUUGAGGAGAACCCCAACAUAUCCAGCUGGCAGUCUGAGACGAACUUUGGGAUCCUGGAAACGGAGGCAUACCUCAGUCGAAUGCCCAGCUGCACAGAAGAGGGAGAGCAGCUGCAGUGUGAACCGUUCACAGCCCCGGUCAUUGAACAGGUGUCCUCCUUUAAGCUGGGCGGGUAUCAGUCACUGCUCAUUCCCUUGGAGAAUAAGCCGCUUGAGAUGACUAUACUAAAGAAAGUUAAGGAACUGUUGGCUGAGGAGGAUGCAAAAACGAUUGCCAAGCACAUCACGAAAGUAGACUGCAUGGUUGCUAGGAUACUGGCUGUUUCCAAGGAACUGCAGAAGCAGAUGGGGGUGAGCUCAGGGCUGGAGUUACUCACUCUUCCCCACGGGCACCAGCUUCGACUCGACUUGCUGGAACGGUUUAAUACUAUGUCAAUCAUGAUGGCAGUGGAUAUUCUAGGCUGCACCGGCAGCACCGAGGAGCGAGCCGCCCUACUCCAUAAAACUAUACAGUUGGCUGCUGAACUGAAGAGCAAUAUGGGGAAUAUGUUUGGAUUUGCUGCUGUAAUGAAAGCUUUGGAGAUGCCUCAGAUUUCAAGGCUCGAGCAGACAUGGAUAACUCUUCGUCAACGACACACAGAGGGAGCGAUUCUCUAUGAGAAGAAGCUGAAACCCUUCAUGAGAAACAUGAAUGAAGGAAAAGAAGCAUCGCCACUGACCAACACAACCUUUCCUCAUGUGGUUCCUCUCAUCACUUUGCUUGAACGUAACUUGGCAACUACCGACAACAUUGAGUCCUGGGAGGUCAGCGAUAGUGGUGUGGAGGUGGUUAUGUCACACCUGGAGGCUGCAAGAACAAUUGCACAUCAUGGGGGACUGUAUAAAACCAAUGCAGAAAUGAAACUACAAGGUUUUCAGGAAAAUGAACAAGUCCUUGAAGUCUUCAAGACAGAAUUCCAAAUGCGGUUGCUGUGGGGGAGCCGAGGAGCAGGGGGCAACCAAGCUGAGCGAUAUGAAAAGUUUGACAAGGUCCUAUGUGCACUGUCAAAUAAGCUGGAGCCUCCAGUUCAUCACAGUGAAUUGUAACUUGAAGGGUAUAUAAUUACAAGCUUGGUUAAAGGGAUUGGUAACAGGAAUUUCGAAGUAUUAAGUUUUUUUCUUUUAAUUUAAUUUUUUUUCAAAAUCCCUUCUGUUUAAUGACAAAGCACUAUUGUAACAGUCAUUGGUAAUUCACAAGCAGGUGUAUGCACAAAAUCAUACAGAGAUAGGAAGAAUGGGUGCAGAGGGAUGGGUUUCAAAUGUCAACUACUUUUGAUCAAAGAAACCAUAAUGAUCCCUGAACUGAAAGAGAGUUUUAAUAAAACUCUAACCCAUUUAUUGCCGAGCUGUACAGAUGAGAAUAGUCCACAGUAAAAGUACGUGCAGACAAUCUCGUCUCAUUCGGAUGAGCAGUGUGGUGCUACAUAUGGCAUCAGGGAAUUUAUCUUAGACUGGAGAGGUGGAGAGAAAAAUCGGCUGUAGUUGUUAUCUAGAGAGUCAUGCUGGAAAGUGGACCUGCAGUUAAGCUUGGAUUAAACCAAAAAUGCUACUGGUUUAUUGAGGCUGACUCUCAAACUUGAACUGAACAACCUUACUGUGGACAAGCUUCUGGAGUCGGAAACUACAUACCAGCAGGUACCAGCAGCUUUUAAAAUAAAAACUUAAGAAAUAGUGGAGACAUUUUAUAAACCUUUCAAAAGAUGACCAAACCUGAGAGGAUUUGCACUUUUCCAAAAAAAUCUCACCAAAAAUAUUGCAACAACGUGCAUUUAUCUGGCACCUUCAGUGUGGAAAAAUGAUACCUGUAUAAGCAAUGGCAUUCCGCUGCAGAAGUCAGACUUAUCUACUGCUCUGUCUUGGAAGUCUAAGGAAAAGUCUCAAAAAUCAACCAAGUCACAUUGAAAGAAGUUUGGGACAAAACUCUUACAGAGCGGAACUAAAGAUGAACCUGGUGUUGUUUGGUUUGUAACCCAUAAAAUGACAAGUCUGACUGUCUCACUGUGAAGUUACUGUACAGUAGAAUUUUAUUCUCAUACUCGAAGAUAAUUUGGGAGUAAAAUUGCACAUUAGCAUUAAAUACCCAAUGUGAAAAUAUCAUCUUUGCUGUAUCGGUGGGAAGGGAAUCCCAGACUGAUCAACGUGUUACCUGGCUGGAUAAGCUCAAGAGUGGUUUCAAAAACAUCCUGUGUGUGUACCAAGCCAUCUUUGGUGAAGAGUGAGGCAGGGCAUCUCAUCUAGAGAGAACUGUAUGCACAGGGAAAAGCAAGGCUGAUCAACAGAUGAUACAAAUCCACACAGCUUCUACCCAUUCCCUGAGUAGUUAAGAAGCAAAAUGUUGUGUUUCCGAUCAUUACUGAGCGACCUUCCUCACAGAUGAAACAUUGGAUGCAGCUGGCAUGGUAUCUAUUCCUUUAUAACUGGACUCAUUUGAGUUAAGCUACUUUGAAGAAAGUGAAGCGCAAGGAAAUAGACACAUGAGCGUCUACAAAAGAUGAGAAAGAAGAAAGGUGGCCAGGCAGGGAGGGAGUGGAGAGUGAUGGUGCAUAGUGCUCUUUUACAAAAAAAAGAGUAAAUGUGCUCCAAGUAACCUUGCAUCAGAAAACUGAUCUCACUUUCAGUCCUGUAGCUCUCCUGCAUAUCAAACUGACUCUCCCUGAAGAAGUGGAAAAAUGUGACAAUCGGGAAUAGACUUGGUUUUCUGUAGCUGACUUAGUGUAUGAAAGGAAUACAGAAAUUGAGUUCAAAAUAUGUCAUUACUGAUGUACUUGAAUGUAUUGACCAUGUUGGUAAAUACAAGUACAGAAAGACAGUAUAUCUACUACUAAAGCCGAUGAACUUUCCAUAGAACCCAAGUACCUGCCUUCACCGCAGUGCUAAUGUUUACUGUUAUUCCCAGAGUGUUUCUUCAGAGUGGACUUUUAAGGAGGCAGCAUUAUUGUAUUUCAGAUGGACAGAUGUUGCCAAAACUACACUCUCCAAUCGCUUACAAGAAAACAGACGUUCCAUCCAGCACACGCCACGUUAAGUGGUUUAAUACACAAGAUUUCAGAUGCACAGGUCCAAACAUUUAGCUACAUUGCACCAGUAAUGAAUACGUUUUCAAUACCAAUCCUGUAUUAGCCAGGAAAGGAGAGUACCUUGUGUGAGUACUGGGUCCUGGCUUGCUCUUCAAGUCACAUAAUUUCAUUUGUGUUCAACCACAAAACACUUCAGUGUUCUGCUUUGCAACUAUGGCACAGUGUAAAUAAACAGAUGUAUAUAAUUCUAUGUUCUUGCAUAAAAAUGUCCUCUUUGUUAAAGAAUAUAAUCCUGGUUGUUUAUGAAUGUAUUCAUUUCUAUUAAGAUAUGUAUGAUGGAGGAAAGUGAUUGUGUGUCAUUUCUGACUUCAUUUGUGCAAUUAAAAUGAUUUUUUAAAUGUGCAAGUUAAUUAAAAGUUGAUAAAAUGCUAAUAAACUGA